UUCUAUUAUUAUUAUUAUGUUGUUGUUGUUAUUAUUAUUAUUGUUAUUGUUGUUAUUAAUAAAAAAAUCGAUAAAAGCUUUACUUUGACAAAAAUUUUGCCAAUUAUAUUUUAGCUAUAAUUUUAAUCUUGACAUUUUAUUUGCAUAACAAACACUGACGUAUGAACCUCAUUGCAGCCAAAUAAUUUCAAUGUGCAUUACGCAAUUAAAAUAGUUCUUGAAUAAACGUGCAUUUUUAAUAAAAUAAAUGUUUUGACAGAUUUCUUAUUUUCAAACGCUGCUUUGUGAUUGUCGAGGAGUUAAAGUGAAAGUUGGUGAAUUAAAGAGCGCAUUUUGCACGCUUUGGCUCCGGGGUCCAGAUGAGCCUCAGAAAUGAGCCGAGAUGGAUUCAGGCGAGCAGCUGAUUCUGCCGUCUCCGGCCAGAUGGCUUCUGAACACAGAUUUGCAUUCAUUUUCGCCUAAUAUCUUCCAAAAUAGAGGGGCAGCUGCAUUUGUUGUCAAAUAAGGUUUAAAACUCCUUUUUAGGACGGGAUCGUUACCUACGCGAUGGGAUUGUUGAACUUCUCCAGUCAACAGUAUCAGAUUUAAAGGGAUUUCCCUUAAAACCCUAAUUUGGUAAUCAGAUUGAAAUCGCUUUGGUGUGUAAUUUGUAUUAGAGAAACUGUAGGUUAGGCCUUCGGUUAGCAAACCUGAAAUAUUUAUUAUGGUAUAAGUUAGAUGGAUAGGGUACCUCACUAAUGGUUAAGGAAAUAUGAUAACCAUCAAACAAAAAGAUAUCAAAUUACAUUUUGACAAUAUACAUAAAAGGUUACUAUAGAUGUAUUUAUAAUCAGACACAUCAUUUUAAUUAAAAUUCAAUUUUUAUAACAAUAAUUAUAAACGCGUAUAUACACAUACACAACACGUUUGUGAACAUAAUAAAUAAACAUAAUAAUUAUCAUUUGCGAUUACUGAACAGUAAGAUUUACAUUAAAGUUUACAUUUGGCAUUAAGUGUAUGCAUAGAUCAAAAUCAUUCCGAAUUAAAGGGAAAAAGCAUAUCAAUCUUAAAUUAUCGUAAAAUAUAAUUUUAUUACUUACGUAUUUAAUUAGACGACGAUGCAAUGUGAUGGAUUUUGAGUCGAGGCAAGAGCAACAGCUUAGAUAAUUCACUUAUCUUUGGCAAUAGUCAUUAACCCCCAACACUAGCAGAAUAGAUUGCUCUGUAAAACACAUCUCUCUUCUCCUUUCUCCGUCCAUCCAUCCCUCCCUCCAGCGCACAGGGUCCCCAGAUAACCAACAUCGGACUUCCAUUUUCGCCCAUUAAUUCAAAUAUUAACAUUCAUGCACAUCUUGCCAAUAACACAAACAGCAGCACCUUAGAAAAGAAAAGAAAAUGCGACGCGUUUUGUCGUGAUAACUUAUAAUAUUUUUAUUGCAAAAGACAUCCUACUUGCAGCGCAUGGAAGGAGAGGGUGGACGCAAUGCUUCCCCCGAGUCCUUUCACACUUUCGGAUGUAAUUCUGCAAUCAUUUACAAAAUUAACGCGUUUCCCGAGCUCGUACGCAAGAAGACUGGGAGUUUCGGAUCUCUCCACGCACGCAAACUGUCUUUUAUAAUCUAGAAGUUCAUGUUCCUAUAAUUUAAGACAGGCACUACGCCAUUAUGCAGAUGAGAAGGGUGUUUAGUAUAAGGAGCAUUUACUCUUAAAAUGCCAGUACUCCACACUCCUGUCCGGGAGCCACUUUAUCACAUGAUAAAACCGUGCAAAGUGAUCAAUAGGUUAUCCAAAAUUUUGCUUUCCCUGCCACGCGUUGCCAUUAAGGCACCCAGGGUAUUUAACCCUGUUAUUUGCAUGGUAUUGUGACUACAGCAUGACACGGAUGGUCCAGUAAGAUUUUUAUUAUGAAUAGCAAAAACAGUUGCGACUGCCCCUCCUCUGGGCCAAGCGGAUGGGUGGUCAGUUCUUUCCACCUCAUCUCUCUCUCUCUCUUUUCCCCGUUUGCACUCUAUAAACUUGCAUCAAGAUUAAUCUGAACAGCCCACAUGCAGUAGGUGCAUCACUGACAGCAUUAAAAAAAUUAUAUAUAUAGGCCAGUUUCCAUGCAGUGCCAGGUAUCUGUGUGACUUUCGUUAUCGUUAAUGUUUGUUCCUUUUUAAUAACUUGACAUGCUGUUCAUGUAAAGGGACAGCGAAAUCACAGCGAAAAGCACCAGCAGUGACUCUACUCGCGUACGUACUCACGGUCCAAGCUUAAAGCCCAACGACAGGAAGCGUCAAACCUCUCCAUAUUUGGUCAAAGGCACGCCCACUUGCGCGUCAUCCUCUGACAGCGUGGAUCCCGUGGGUCUGGAGUUUUUGGCUCCCGGGAAAGGUUCCAGUCCUGGGGGAUAGAGGGUUGAGUUUUGUAUGCUUCCAUCCAUUCUGCAAAGACGCGCUAAAGGCCCCUCAUCAUCCUCUCCCGUGUCCGGGAACACCUCCACGGUGAUCAUUUACGCGUUUAUUUGUCUUUUGGAGCCAGAAGUGGUGGAUUCAGCAGUGUCCCGAAGCCUUUUUUGAUGCCGUUGUAAUAGGAUGACAGCAAGCUAAGCGCAUCACCUACAAUACAAAGUUAGAAGAAAUGUUUAACUGAAUUAAAACAAGAAAGAGCAACAAUAUCCCUGCUAUUCGAGCGACUUCUUUUGCUUCUUUCACGGGAGGAUCUCCAUCCGUCCAUCCAAACAAGCUGUUGGAAAGGCUUGAGAAUCUUUACGCACCGAAUCGUUCAUGUGGUGCCAACGCAGGACGGACUGAAGAAGGAACCAGGACUGAGAAUCGCGGGUGCUUUUUUUCCCUCCUUCUUCUCUUUUCAACAAAUCACAAACAAACUCUUAUUGAUAUCCGAAGGGUCUCUUGGAGGAGCGACGCGCCCCUGCUCACAAUCUCAUUUCAUCUCCUUGGCUGGAAGUGGGUUGCACGCGAACUGUUUUAAUGUUUGGGAUUCAGGAAAAUAUACCAAGAGGGGGGACCACUAUGAAAGAGGAACCGCUGGGCAGUGGCAUGAAUUCGGUCCGAUCGUGGAUGCACACGGCUGGGGUGGUGGAUGCGAACACGGCCGCCCAGAGUGGAGUUGGUCUGGCACGGGCGCACUAUGAGAAACAGCCGCCAUCCAACCUCAGAAAAUCCAAUUUUUUCCACUUCGUCCUGGCGCUUUAUGACAGACAGGGACAACCAGUGGAGAUCGAAAGGACAGCUUUUGUGGACUUUGUGGAAAAGGAGAAAGAACCUAACAGUGAAAAAACUAACAAUGGGAUACAUUACAAACUUCAACUAUUGUACAGCAACGGCGUCAGAACAGAACAGGAUCUUUAUGUUCGGUUAAUCGAUUCCAUGACAAAACAGGCAAUUAUUUAUGAAGGGCAGGACAAAAACCCAGAAAUGUGCCGAGUUCUUCUCACUCACGAAAUCAUGUGCAGUCGGUGUUGUGACAAAAAGAGCUGUGGAAACCGAAACGAAACCCCCUCAGACCCCGUCAUCAUCGACAGAUUCUUUUUGAAAUUCUUCCUAAAGUGUAAUCAGAACUGUCUCAAGAAUGCAGGAAACCCACGAGACAUGCGCAGAUUCCAGGUCGUUGUAUCGACAACAGUUAACGUGGACGGUCACGUGUUGGCCGUGUCGGACAACAUGUUCGUCCACAACAACUCAAAACACGGCCGAAGAGCCCGCCGUCUAGACCCCUCAGAAGGUACGGCCACUCCUUAUCUGGACAAUGCAGCUACCCCGUGCAUAAAAGCCAUUAGCCCAAGCGAAGGCUGGACCACCGGCGGAGCCACCGUCAUCAUCAUCGGCGAUAACUUCUUCGACGGACUUCAGGUCGUGUUCGGCACCAUGCUGGUGUGGAGCGAGCUUAUAACACCCCAUGCCAUCCGAGUGCAGACCCCUCCAAGACAUAUCCCGGGCGUCGUAGAAGUUACCCUGUCCUACAAGUCAAAGCAGUUCUGCAAAGGGGCACCUGGCCGAUUUGUGUACACAGCUUUGAACGAACCGACUAUUGACUACGGCUUCCAGAGACUUCAGAAGGUCAUUCCCAGACAUCCAGGUGAUCCGGAGAGGUUGCCCAAGGAAGUGUUGCUAAAGCGUGCCGCUGACCUUGUGGAAGCUCUAUACGGGAUGCCACACAACAACCAGGAGAUCAUACUGAAGAGGGCCGCAGAUAUCGCAGAGGCCCUGUACAGCGUCCCACGUAACCACAACCAGAUCCCGUCCCUCGCCAACACGGCAUCGCACGGCGGCAUGAUGGGCGUCAACUCUUUCGGCAGUCAGCUCGCGGUCAACGUCUCGGAGACCUCGCAAGGUAAUGACUGGGUCGGCUACAGUCGCAACACGAGCAGCGUGUCACCUCGCGGUUACGUGCCCAGCAGCACCCCGCAGCAGUCCAACUACAACACGGUCAGCAACAGCAUGAACGGAUACGGCAACACGGGAAUGCCUAACCUUGGCGUCCCCAGCUCGCCCGGCUUUCUGAACGGGUCCUCCGCGAACUCUCCCUACGGCAGUAAGUAUCAAGUUCCGUCGAGCCCUACCAUGGCAGCCUCUUCGGUCAGCCUCUCUUCAAACUGUAGCAGUACACACGGCAUUUUCUCAUUCUCACCUGCCAAUGUCAUCUCUGCAGUGAAACAAAAAAGCGCCUUUGCUCCAGUUGUCAGGCCCCAAGCAUCUCCACCUCCUUCUUGCAACAGUGCAAAUGGCAAUGGACUUCAAGGUAUGUCCGGCCUGGUGGUCCCGCCCAUGUAAAUUGCACUCCCUUCCCUCGUAAAGCGUCACAGGAUCCGUAGAGGAUUCGCCUCGAAGUCGCCAUUCGCCAUCAGCAGCUAAUUCAGAAGAUAAAGACACUUUGUUUUUCGAAGAUUUUAUUCAAAUUGACAUGCAAGCGGCUUCGUCAUGAACUAUUUAAUUUUAUUGACUGAAUCUCUUGUCAUUUUUCACAUCUCGAAGGAAAAAAAAAAGAAGAAAACGUACCUAUUUUGUAUAAACAUUUCUGGUUUAAGUCUAGUUCUUGCUAUGUGUGGGAUAUGGCAUUGGAUGAAACACUGAAGAACUAAAAAUGUGUAAGAAUGUUUCUCUUUCACGGAUGUGCUUUCUCUGCACAUCUUCAUAAUGUGAAUUCAUUUUCCUGUUUAAUUCUUUUUUGUUCAUUGUUUUUAUUUUUUUGAUUGUGGUAAGAUAAAGGGGGCCAAUAUAUACAGAGCCAAUAAACUGGAAAUAAUAUAAGAUAUAUGAUUUAUAAAUCCGAAGGAAAGGCAAGGAAGAAAUCGUAACAUGGACUUUGUAACUUAUUGUAGGUAGUUGUAACUUUGAUAUGGCAAAAUUCUUCUCUUGCCUUCGACAAGCACACUAACAGAAAUGAAGCGCCACUGUCUGUUGGUUAAAAAAAAGACAAAAAAGAUGAAAAAAUGAAAAGAUUUCCACUGCUAAAGCUUCUUGUAAAGCGAGUGUGACCUGCAAUGUUUUUCAACUUUUUGCUAGCACUGUAUACUAUUGCAUUCUUAGGCUACUGUGAAGUCUGUUUCUUGUACCAGAAAGUUGUCCUUUACCUUCUAGCUCCUUACUCCCUAAUGUGUUUUGUAUGUGGUUAUACAAUUGUAGACUUUUGUGAUUUUGCCAAAGUUGUAGCUAAAUAUUUAUACACUUGUCUUGAAUUUUCCAGAAUCACUUAAAUAUUUAGUACAGAGUUUUAUUCCUGAUGUUAGGAGUAAAAUGGUCUUAUACAUUGCAACACUUUCACACGAACACUUGCGGUCACUGAGGGAAUUUUUUGUAACAUAACAAUUAUAAAUAUUGUAUUUAUCUUUGAAAUUUUGUAUAUUGCUUUCCAUCGUUUUAUUUGAUCGAUCUCACGUGUGUCGUUUUUCAUGGCCGAUAUAUAUAUAUAUUACGAUGAAGGUUUAGCCAAGAAUCAACGCCUACAUACAAUGUUUUGUAUCGAUAUAUUGUAUAUCGUCUACUACGCGUUUCAUUUUGUUACGCCUUCCAUCCGUUUAUUUUUUAUUUGUUUGUAUGUUUAUUUGCAAUUUCAAGGAGCGGUCAAAUCCAUUGUUUAUUUUUAUAUUAAUUUUUAAGUUAUCUAAAAAAAGUACUUUUUUGAAAGAAAACUGUUUGUUGUAUAGUCAAAUAAAUUGUUUGUGUCACCUGACUGUAAUAAUAUUAGUAGCUAAAGUGCAUGUCCUGCCGCCCCAUGGGGGGAAAUCCAAUUGUGGUUGUAAAUUUUGUUUUUGUAGAAUGUAAAAAGUCAUUUUUACCUGCCACCAUGACUUUGCCACAUAACUCGACCGUGUUUACAGGGAUCAAGACUGAAAAAAGGAAAGAAAAAUAUUCAGAAUGGAAAUAUACAUCAGUUCAUAUUGUUUAUUAAAAUAUGUCAGAAAAAAAAACUGCUUCAAGUGAUUCUCCUGAGAGGAACCUUUCUGCUGUUUUAAUGACAAACUUUCACGAUGACUCUCAUUAUUCCAUUCAGAUCAAUGGUGUAAAAAGCACAAACAUUUUUUACUAAAAUAAAAAAAUAAUUAUUGUGACCCCUCAUCUUUUUGGACUAUUUUGUCAGUUUGUCUUUUUUAAACCUUGAUUUUACCCGAUUCCCUCGAACAUUGACGGGGAAUAAAAACAAAUAAAUAGUUUUUUGUAUCAUAUAUUGAAAACGGAUUCUAUAUUGUAAAUGUCAUUUUGUAAGUAAUCCAUGACAACGUAGCAUAGCUCAAAUCACGCCACUUGAUUUUUAUAGUCAUCCCAAAAUCAGCACAUGUGACUCGAUGAUCCAUAAAUCUCCUGAUGUUGUAAAGUUCAGUAGUGUUCAGCUUCUCCUGAUUCAAUCACGGAUGUUUCCUCUUGGCAAUCUGCACGCAAGUUUCCUUUAGCUGCAGGAAGCAAACGCAGUCGACGAUGGGCCGAAAUGAUGAAUGUACAAUGUAUUUGCUUUGUGAUGGCUCAACAAAGCUCGGCCGAGUGAAGGAGCCGACAAGGUCACGUUGAAAGUAAGAAAAGCUCAAGGUUACAUGAAGUGAGUUCACUUUCAUCCGUUCUGCAAUCUGGUUUUGUGUUUAAGUCCAAGUCAUGCAGUUUUACUAAAUGGAAGGAAAAUGUAUAGCUCAUGCAUAAUUUUAUUUCAAUGUUUUAUGACCACGUUUUUACAUUUUAUUGUACAAAGUGCAUUUUACAUAAUAUUUAAUUAAAAUAUUUCUUGUCUGUGA